AUGAGGCGUUCUUGCUUUUUAUUUUCACAAAUUGUUGAUGUUGUCUCUGCUUUGACGGAAAAACGAAAUUAUAGCGUAAAACUAUGCAAAGUGCUUCUUUUCCCAUCGCCACCGCUUCGCUCAUUGUCCUUUGCUCCACCUCCCAAAUGGACUUCAGAGCUUUCUAGAAGACUUCAAAAACAGUUUCCUGAAAUCAAACGACAGCACCAUGUUCUUUAUCUACGCGCCUUUAUACAUCCUAGUUUCACCACAUCUGAUGCGAUGAAUUCAACAAUGAAUGCAACAACUUCUAUAGGUGAGGCGUUACUGGCAUCUGUCGGGGAGUGCUUGAUUGUAAACGCCUUUAGAGAUCUGAAGCGCGAUGAAGUGCUUCUAUUAAUGUCGUUUUUAUUAUCCGAUGCAACACUUAGUUCAGUAUUGCGGUAUCACUGGGAAAUGGAAGAUAUGGUGCUCACAGAUGCUUCAGUACAGCUAUUUCAAGGAAAAACAUUAAGGUCUACGGCGGGUCUUAUGCAGUGGUUGUCAUCAAGUGGGAAACAACAGACUCCCGAUCCUUAUUGUGCGGGCUGUGUGAAGUCUAUGAUUGGAGCUGUUUAUCUAGACAGAGGUUUAGAAGAGGCAGCGGCGUUUAUUUACAAGCAUGUCUUGCAGAAUAUAUCUUAA